UUGGUUCCUCAACCGCUUCUGAAAUCAGAGCUGCGGAACCUUUAGAAAUGUCGAAAUCGACAGGGGAUUUUUUGGACCCGUUAGGCUUUGUUAUCGAUCCCAGCACCUUAGGUCAAUUAGUUGUCUCCGAAUGCGCUAUUGAAGCCCUAGAAGGAAUGAUUGUUGAUAUUGACAAAGUUGCUAUUGGAUUUGCUGAUUCAACAAUUGUUUUGUUUCAGUUACCUAGAAGUAAAUUGGUUGGUCGACAGAUUCGUGAGCGUUUUGGUGAGAAACCUUCGAACAUUGCCGGAAUUGAGCAACCCUUUGUUUGCUCUUUUAAAAAGUGUUUCUUCUCCAAAUUUACAGGUUUCUAA